AUGGAUUCGCAGGAGCAAAACCAGGUGGAAAUACAAUCAGUGAACCCAGUGCCCAAUCGACGUCCCAUCAACGAUCUGCAUUACAGUGCCAUUAACAGCAACUACAGGCAGCAGAACAAGCUAAACAGUAACAGUACCAGCAGCCCAACGAAUGCGACAACGGCGAACAGUGCCGGUGGCAGUGAGGAAACGAAGGCACUCCUGCCGACGAUUGGUCCAAGCGGGCGCAAGUUUGUGAUCGUACCAUGUCAAACGGGUGGCGCUGUAGGAGAUCCCGGUGGGACGGUCCCGAGCGCGAGUGGAGGACCGGGAGGGGGAACUCCGGGAACGAGUGGUGUAAAGGUUGAACCCGGCGAGGGUUCGAUGUCCAGCGGACCGAGCUCUAUAACCGUUCCGACGGCUCCGGUUGGAUCAUAUAUGAAGCCGAAAUACUUCAACAGUCUGCGCUCGGUACGGUCAGCGAAUGAUCCGCAAGGGUUGGCGAAUGUGCAACAGAAUCAGGCCUCGAUCGUGCGCAGCGGUUCGUACAUAUUCAGCGAUGUCGGCGGUACACCGCGCCUCUUUUCCGAUGCCACCUCGAUCCGGUCGCUCGCAUCCAUCGGCAUGGGAUCUACCGAUGGGCGGCGAAUGGUCAUCCGAAGGGUACCGAACUCUCCGAACGAGCUGCUCACCAUGAUCAACCCACCAACCCCACCCGACGAAACGUACGAGAAUGAAAGCUAUGGGGGUUUGUCGGAUGACUCCGACCUUGAUAAUCUCAAACCGCGCAAGCAGCACUGGGCGAACAAGAUGCAGUUCGUGCUUGCCUGCAUCGGAUACUCGGUGGGCCUGGGGAACGUGUGGCGAUUUCCGUAUCUGUGUUAUAAAAGUGGAGGAGGAGUAUUUCUGGUGCCCUAUUUCAUCAUUCUGCUGAUCUGUGGAAUUCCCAUGCUGUUCAUGGAGCUGGCGGUCGGUCAGUAUACGGGGCGCGGACCGAUCGGUGCACUGGGGCAACUCUGCCCACUGUUCAAAGGUACCGGUCUGGCGAGUGUGGUCGUUUCAUUCCUAAUGUCCACGUACUACAGUGUGAUCAUAGCGUAUGCAAUCUACUACUUCUUCACCUCGUUCCGGCCGGAGCUACCGUGGACGGAUUGUUCCCACCGUUGGAACACACCCGACUGCUGGAUUCCGGAGCGCAUGAAGCACAAUCUAACGCGCCCCGAUAUGUCCCGCACACCGACGGAGGAAUUUUUCGAAAAUAAAGUGCUGCAAAUUAGCCACGGUAUUGAAUAUCCGGGUGCGAUGCGAUGGGAGCUGGUAGCAUGUCUAGUGUGCGCUUGGAUUCUGGUGUACUUUGCCAUCUGGAAGUCGAUCAAAUCGUCGGCAAAAGUACGCUACCUUACGGCAACACUUCCAUUCGUGCUGAUUGUGGUGUUUCUGGGACGCUCGCUUACCCUGGAAGGUGCGGACAAGGGACUGCACUAUUUCUUCCGUCCAAAUUGGGAAGAACUGGGCAGGGCCAAUGUUUGGAUCAAUGCUGCAGCGCAAAAUUUCAACUCGAUCGGUAUUGCGUUCGGUUCGAUGAUAUCGUUCGCAAGCUACAACAAGUACAACAACAACAUCCUGCACGACACGCUGGCAGUGUCGUUCGUCAAUGCCAUCACGAGCUUGCUGGUCGGUAUCUUUGCAUUUGCCACCAUCGGUAAUAUCGCGCUGGAGCAGAGCACUACCGUUGAGGACGUGAUCAGCGGUGGUCCGGGAUUGAUCUUCGUCGUGUAUCCACAGGCGUUAGCGAAAAUGCCUGCCGCUCAGCUGUGGGCUGUGCUGUUCUUCUUCAUGCUACUCUGUCUGGGAUUGAACAGUCAGUUUGCCAUCGUGGAAGUAGUGGUAACUUCGAUUCAGGACGGAUUUCCUCGGUGGAUCAAGCGAAAGCUCGUAUACCAUGAGCUGCUGGUGUUGAUCGUGUGCGUCGUAUCAUUCUUUGCCGGGUUGCCCAACCUCAUACAGGGCGGCAUAUACUUCUUCCAGCUGAUUGACCACUAUGCGGCCUCGGUAUCGAUCAUGUUUCUUGCCUUCUUUGAGACGAUCGCGAUCGCGUGGUUCUACGGCAUAAACCGACUGUCGAAGAACGUCAAGCAAAUGACGGGACGAUAUCCGUCGUUUUAUUUGCGAUUCUGUUUGUUAAUCGCCGUUCCAUUGCUGUUGAUCUCCUUGUGGAUAUUCAGCUUGAUCAACUAUGAAGCCCCAACGUAUCAUAAUGGAAAGUACCACUAUCCGGGCUGGGCGCACGGACUUGGAUGGACAAUAGCCUCCGCUUCUCUGGUUUGCAUUCCUUCGUAUGCCGUGUAUCAGAUCGUUCGUGCCGAGGGCAACACAUUUGGCGAGAAACUGCUGAAUACUUUGAAGCCGAAUAUUUACGAGUGUAAGAUAUGUGGCGAGCAUCAUUGCGAUCAUGACUUUCCCGAGGAAGAGCUGGGACCGGAAAUGGCCAUCGUUGAGUCGACAUCCGGCGCUCCACUAAUACUGCAACCACCUCCACCGGGACAUAUGCAAUACACGCAGCAGCCACAACUACAUCACCACCAACAGCAACAACAACAACAACAUCCACAGGAAGAACCGAUGCUCCGUAACACGCAUACUGUUCCCAUUAACAAUGGUGUACAGAAUUCAAACUCAAACGGUGAUGAAACACGAUGA